GGUACACCACUCCAUUAGCGACUGUGGCUGCCGUCAACGGCACCUGUCCAGCCCUCGGCGCCGUGAUGGCUCUGAGUGCAGACUAUCGUGUGAUGGUAGGUAAUAGCGUUGUCCCAACCAAGGCCAAGUUUGGACUGAAUGAGAGCAGUUUGGGAAUGAACCCGCCGGCGUGGCUUCGAGGUUUGACAGCCAGUGUGAUAGGAACGCGCAAUGCCGAGUGGCAUCUGGGCAACAGCAUCAUGUCAACGCCAGAAGAAGCCCUGCAAAUUGGGUUUGUGGACGCCCUCGCCAAGGACUCUGAUGAGCUCUUGCAGCUUGCUCUUGACCGAGGCAUGGCCACACUACUCGCCAUCCCCCCGGAGGCGAGGGCUCUGUGUAAGCAAGGCUAUCGCAUGCCAAUCGCUGAGCUGGCUGAUACCAGCGAGAGUGCGGAUCCGAUGGUGAAGUCGGUGUUUGGCGACGAAUGCCAGGGAAUGAUAAAAGCUAUGCGCUCAAAGAUGCGUGGCAAAUAGAGAAUGUGAACGUUAAUGAACGUGCGGAGGUAUUUACACAGUACGCAGGGCAAAUAAACACAUCACAAUCAAAAUCGGCCGAAUAGUGAAAUUUCUCUAGAUACAUAUUAAAAAGUGUAGGGAGG